AUGGUGCGGGUUGCUCCAUCCGCACUAGACGAAAUGUCUACGACACCAACGCCCAACGCCGAGCAAACUCGCUCCUCCAAGGCUAGCACCGACCUUCCAAGGACCAUAACCCAACAAUCAAGAGAUACCAUGGUGGAGGAAGAAGAGGAACAGGAGGCAGCGAGGAGUAGCGUAUGGAAACCCGCUGAAGGCCCUGGCUCGAGACCACCCGCUCCGGAGAAGUUUGCCCAUACUAAUUGCUCCGCUUCGCAAAGUUUAUACCAAGAUUAUUCUUAUGACUCUUGCCUUGACGAUAAUUAUGAUGUGGAUCUGUCUUCCAGUAUAUGGGGAUCGUUGGCACGAAGUGCUACCCAUGCACCUUCGCUGAAAGCUUGGGUAAUCGACCGCGAUGGAGGUGAGAUCGGACAGGCUGUGGUUCAGGGGUUACUGGCUACUACACAGGUUGCUGCCGAUUAUGUGGAGGAUGUGGGCGAGGCGGUUCUUGACGAACAAGCAUGGGGUGCCGUUGUUGUUAACGCGGGUGCUACGGCUCGGCUCGCCGCCGCGCGAGCAUCUGGCGAUUCGUCAUACAAUCCUGCGUCAGCGGUUACAUUCUAUUACGCACAGGCGCGUAACGAGCAAGCAACUGGCUCUUAUGUUAAUCCUCUUACGACUGCGGCUCUUACUCAGAUCCUACAACAAUUCAAUGCGCGGUCAACCGCUUCAUACCUGGGCUCAAUCUCGGGAAACGCGACAGCCCUUCAAGCACUAACUGCUGCUCCCCAAACGCUGUCUGGUGUCUGGUGGACGACCAAUAACUUGCGGCCUUACAAUGCCCCUGUUGCAACCGCAAUCAUGCUCGUCGGUCAAAUCUACCUGUGCAUUUUCGCAUUCAUCAUGACCAUGUCUAAUGACGCUGCUCGCGGUAUCUUGGGACCCUUCCUGAAAUUACGAUCCUACCUCUACCUCCGCAUUCUAGUACCUCUCGGUCUCUACUUGCCUCUUUCCCUCGCAUUCGCCAUGGUUUCACUUCCGUUCCAUGCGCCAUUCGGAGCCAAAUAUUCUUAUGCAGGCGGAUUCUUCCUUUACUUCCUUUACACUUACAUGGGCAUGACGGCUCUCGGUUUGGCCACUGAAGCCAUGGUCACCAUCCUGACUCCCCGGUUCAUGGCUUUCUUCUUGAUUCCGUUGAUUAUUAGUAACGUAUCUGUCGCCACCUUGCCUUUUGAUUUACAACCGUGGUUCUACAAGUACGGCUAUGGAUUCCCUAUCUUUAACAACACUACCGCUGUGCGCACCAUUUUAUUCAACACCAAGAACCAUCUUGGUCGUAGUGCUGGUGUUAUCAUUGCUUGGAUCGUGCUGAGCUCCAUUACGCUUCCCUUGUUUACUAUCAUCAUGAGGCGUCGGGACGAGAGAGCGCACAAGCAGGCGAUGCUAGAGAAGAACGGAGGCGAAAAGGGUACCGUAUAA